GUUCCCGGCAAUUUAUACUGGGAAAAUCGGGACGCUGGCCAAGCAAUUAUUGGAUUAUUGGACACUGACCGCAGACCCUCGGGAUUAUAAAGACCUUGUAUAAAAGGGGAAGAAGAACUCUUACAUGCAUCAGACGCCUGGAAGUCUUUGGUUGUUAGGACCGAAACCAAAGAGAUUAAGUAAGAAAAUAUCAUCAAUUAUCAUCAGCCAUGCGCGCCAUCAUACUCUUCUGCAUUUCUAUAGCUGUGAUCUGCCUCAUAAAAAACACCGAAGCCAGUUUUAAGAAGACUCCGUUCAAUGGAUCCAUAUUUGGAAAAAGAGGAAUUGUGGACUACGAUUCUACAAGCAGAGCAUUAUCGGCCGUGUGCGAAAUCGCUACAGAAACUUGCCAAGCAUGGUACCAGACACUAGAGAAUAAAUAAAAUACCAUCUUCAACUAUUUUAGACGCCAACUUCUACUAGAAUUUAUCAUAACCAAUUGAUUACAUAUAAAUCAUGUAACC